AUGAGAGUGAUUCUGUUAAUUUUGAGCCUUUUGGCCUUUGGAGCUCACGCCGAAACUUCAAAGGCUUCCACGGAGAGCUUCAUCUCAUCUAUCUGGGAUGACUUCAAACAUGCUGUGGAUUGCGGUUCCUGCCAGGCUCUCUUGGGUGGUCUCAAGCUUGUCUCCGGGUUUGGCGAGGGCUUUAUGAUCGAUGUCUUCAUCGGCCUAUGCAAUCUCAGUGGCGUCGAAGAUCCGGAUGUUUGCCGUGGAAUCAUAGAGAAAGAAGGCCCUGCGCUUCAUGAUGCUUUCCAGAAUUUGCACAUCGGGUCUCACGCUACCAGGACGAUGUGCGCUAGUCUGAUCGGACUCUGCCAGUAUCCUGAGGUUCGUUCUCGCACAUUGCAGUUUCCUUCAUCUAAGCCGGACACUACCAGACCACCGCCCAGCGGUGAGUCGCCAAUCAAGGUCGUUCAUUUCAGUGACACACACGUGGAUCUCUUCUACGAAACUGGUGCCAGCUACGAAUGCUCCAAGCCCAUCUGCUGCAGGGUCUAUGAAGAUAAGGAUGCCCCGGGAAUCACUAAAACCCCUUGUGGUCCAUUUGGAAACACCAAGUGCGAUCCACCGCACAUCCUUCAGGAGAGCAUGAACGCAGCCAUUGCGAAGAUCGGCCCAGAGUUCUCUAUCUAUACCGGCGACGUGGUAGCUCACGAUAUCUGGCUAGUUGGCCAGGAUGAAGCACUGCAAGUAUUCAAUGAUACAUACGGCCAGAUGGAGAAGGAUCUUGGUAUGGUGUACGCUGCCAUAGGAAACCAUGACACGGCACCGGUCAAUCUCUUUCCCCCAAAUGAUAUCCAGACCAAGGACAGCGCCCAGUUUGCAUAUAACGCGCUCGCCGAAGACUGGUAUGCCCUGACAGGCAUUCCGUCCGUCAAGUCUGCAAAUGAAUUUGGGUCGUAUUCAGCCAUCCAUCCAAACAGCAACCUGCGCAUCAUCUCUUACAACAGCAUCUUCUACUACAAUUUCAACUUCUACAUGUACCAAGACCCAAUGGAAAAAGAUCCAAACGGACAAUUCGAAUGGCUCAUCAAGGAGCUACAAGCAGCCGAAGAUGCAGGCCAGCGCGCGUGGCUAAUCUCACACAUCCCAUCCGGCGUUACCGAUCAUUUCCGCGAUUAUUCACAAUACUUCGACCAGAUCGUGCAGCGAUACGAAGCAACAAUCGCCGGUCUGUUCUACGGCCAUACACACAUGGACGAAUUCCAAAUUGCAUACUCAGAUUACAACAACCGCAAAUGGGACACCGCAACUGCAAUGGGAUACAUCGCCCCAUCCAUGACACCGACCUCUGGUCCUCCCUCAUUCCGCGUCUACGAGAUUGAUCCCGUCACAUACGGCGUGUUGGAUUUUACUCAAUACAUCGCCAAUAUCAGCGAUCCAUCCUACCAGACAAAACCAGAAUGGAUCCCCUACUACUCCGCCAAAGCAGCCUACGGCUCAAAGCUCUCUCCUCCCCUGACAGACUCAACCGCAGAACUCGCCCCUGCCUUCUGGCACAACGUCACCGUCACCAUGGAGAAAGAUCCCUCCAUCUUCCAGGACUUCUGGGCGAGGCGUAAUCGGGGAUGGAACAUCGCCGCUUGUACUGGCGACUGCAUGAAAAAGGAGCUCUGCACGCUUCGUGCUGCGGAUGCACAGCAUAACUGUCAUGAGCCGGAGCCUGGUCUUAAUAUUAGUAUCAAUAAGCGUAAUCAGGGGUCUGGAGAUGCUCCCUUGGAGGGAGAGAAAGUGUCUGGUCCUGAGUGUGAUCAUGCUGGGAUGGCGACGCUUUUGGGGAAGAUUGCUUAUCGUGCUCGGCAUGUGCGUGAGGCUGAGGAGAGGGGUCUGGUCAGGGCCGAGGCUUGA